ACCUUUGAGUCUGUCCAGUUUCCGGAAGAUCAUUGUAGCCUUCCUAAAAGAAAGAAAAUGGAAACCUGAAAUCGCACUUAGCCAAAAACAGUCAGGCGUCUUUCAGAGAGCUUAAGAAGAACAACCGGGCUGUACGACCACACUGCUGCCAACACCACCGAACAGCAGCUGGAUCUAGCUGAAGAUUGGAGAACAUCCCUCGACCUCCCUCCCUUCUGAAUCAAUGGAAGGGUCUGACAGUUUAGAGCAGAGUGGCAGUGACCAGCCGGAGUCACAGCGCAGAAGGCAGCUGGACCGGCUGGGCAGGGAGGAGGCCUUCUAUCAGUUUGUCAACAAUCUCAGUGAUGAGGACUAUCGUCUCAUGAGGGACAACAAUCUUUUGGGCACCCCAGGUGAGGUCACAGAGGAUGAGCUGUUUAGUAGACUUCAGCAAAUUAAAGAUGGUCCAGAACAGCAGAAUAACACUCCCAGUGCUGAAAACGGAGAAGAUCCAGUUGAACCACCGGAAAGCUCGGAGGAUCCUGCCGGUGGGGAUAGUCUCUUGGACUGGCUGAACACAGUGAGGCGUACAGGCAACACAACUAGGACUGGUCAUCGUGGAAACCAGUCGUGGCGAGCUGUAAGCCAGACCAACCCAAACAGUGGUGAUUUUCGCUUUAGUCUGGAAAUCAGUGUGAACCGCAACCUGGCUGAGCAGCAGGCAGCUGCUGAAGGCGAGCAGGAGGUUCCAGAGGAGGCGCGAGGAGAAGCUUCAGGGGAGGCUGGAGGAGAAGCAUCACGGGAGGCAGGAGGGGGAGCUUCAGGGGAGGCUGGAGGAGGAGCUUCAGGGGAGGCUGGAGGAGAAACUUCAGGGGAGGCUGGAGGAGGAGCUUCAGGGGAGGCUCGAGUAGAAGCUUCAGGGGAGGCUCAAGGAGAAGCUUCAAGGGAGACUCCAGGAGAAGCUUCAGAAGAGUCUCCAGAGGUAGCUCCAGAGAUGGCUCCAGAGAUGGCUCUAGAGAUGGCUUCAGAAGUUCAAGAACCAGUGGUAAAUGCUGAACCACCGGUCCCCAUGGAAACGGAAGUGGUGGAAGAGCCAGUUGUAGAGGAGUUAGCUGUCAUAGUGGAACCAGAGCCUGAACUCGAAGAGGUUGUUUCACAAGAGAUUUUAGGGGAACCUCCCAGCCCACCUGCUGCCCCGCCGGUACAACCCCCACUUUCUCCUUCUCCACGCAGAGGUCAAAGGAGAGCUCGCAGCCGCAGUCCAGAACCACGCAGGACUAGGGCCCGUACAGCCAGGAGCCGUUCCCCUCUUAACUUGGAUCAACUGGACGGUCUCCAUAAUCCACGUCAUGUUCUCAGCUCUCAAGGCCCCAUCUCUGCCAAUGCCCCCACUGUACCUCAAGUGGAGGGCAGCUCUCGGACUCGACAGCAUGUUCUUUCCAGGCAAAGCACUUCUGACAGUGAUGUUCAGCCAUCUAGGGCUAGCGCAGAACCAGCCCCAGAGGUCCAAAAUGUCGCAUCUCAGGAAGGAGAAGCUGCUGGUGGGGAAGGGGGCGCAGCAGGACGCCGCCCUCCUACGAUUAUGCUCGAUCUCCAGGUGCGCCGCGUGCGUCCAGGUGAAUAUCGGCAAAGAGACAGCAUUGCUAGUCGUACCCGCUCACGCUCCCAGAACUCAAACAACACAUUUCUUUAUGAGAGUGAGCGUGGUGGAUUUCGUAGGACUUUCUCACGCUCUGAGCGUGCUGGUGUGAGGACCUACGUCAGCACUAUUCGCAUCCCUAUUCGUAGAAUCUCUGAUGCAGGUUUGGGAGAGGCAACCUCAAUGGCUCUCCAGUCUAUGAUUCGACAGAUUAUGACUGGUUUCGGAGAACUCGGCUACCUCAUGGAUUCAGACUCUGAUUCUUCAGAUUCAAACCGUGGCGCCAACACACCUGCGGAUCUGGCUGAAGCCCUAAACAACACAGAUACUACUCCUGCUGCCGCUCCUGCUGCUGAUGUCGACGUUGAACCACCUAUGGCUGCUGGAGUCAGAGCAAGGACAGCUGAAACUGACGUAGACGAGAGCCUUGCCACUGCUCCACCUGCCUCUGGUGGCAGGGCUAGAUCCAGACCACCUAUUAACCUAGAGGAGCCCGGCUCACUGCCCUUCCUGCGACUCGCCCACUUCUUCCUCCUAAACGAUGAUGACGAGGACCAGCCCCAAGGGCUGACCAAAGAGCAAAUUGAUAACCUCUCCAUGCGUAACUUUGGUGAGAGUGAUGCCUUGAAGACUUGCAGUGUCUGCAUAACAGAAUAUGCAGAAGGUAACAAGCUACGUAAGCUGCCCUGUUCUCAUGAGUACCAUGUGCACUGCAUUGAUCGCUGGCUGUCCGAAAACUCCACUUGCCCCAUCUGCCGCAGGGCUGUCUUGGUAUCGGCCAACAGGGAGAGUGUGGUGUAGCUCAUUAAAGACUGGAGGCCUUUUGUCUCAACCUAAGUAAUCUAAUAUCCCAGGAGGAAAUGUCUCCACUGUUCACUCUUCAUACCAUUUGUGAGUUGGAUCAUAACACAGUCACGGGUUUGAUUUGGGGUACUCCAUACAGUGACAUUGGGACGUAUUCAGCCUCUAGUAAGACAUUUAUUAUUGCAGUCCAAAGUUAGGCACAAGCAAUGCAUGCUGUUUGAAUCAACCUGUAGUGACCAAGCAGUUUGUUGCAUUGUGUCGAGCCGUGCUCGCAAGCAGAACUGUAUCUCAUAAAGAAUCCCCCGGUUAUAAAUGCUGCACAGCUGCAGGUAGUUCAGGCACAUGUGCUCUUUUGUAUUAGCUCCUGAACGGCGACUUAUAUACCAGAAGUUGGGUAUCGGGACAGUUCUUAGUUACACCAUUUCAAAGUAUUAGCUGUAAAUAAGCUUGUAAAAAAAUAAUUUUGACUCAUACUUUGUAUCAGUGAAUUGGUUUUUGGAUUGUAAAUUAUCUCAUGUAAUGAUUAGGGUGGUGUUGGCUGCAAUUACUCUAUCAGAGCAUCCCUAAAUAGGUUGUGUACACAGCAAAAGUAUUUUGAGAAUGUCAUGUACGAAGGAUGUAGAAAAUUAAUUGGUUUGCCAAAAUUGUACUCAUUUACUCAUUUAUUAUUAUUAUUUUAUUUUUUUUGCUCACCUGAAAAAAGCAAACUAUUUUGGUUGCAUAUACCAUGAGAAAUUCAGUGUACUAAAUGUUUUUUUGUUUGUUUGUUUUUUUAAAAAGAAAAAAGAUCAGAUGUUGAACAGGUAUAUGGGAAGGAUUUAUAAAGUUUAUUUGGAAUAGCAUCUUUAAUUUCUUGGUCAUUAACAAUGAUUGAGUCGUAUAAUACCAGAAAUUAGGGAUGUCUCAAUACUUGUGGUAGAGCUGAUAUCAAGUACUUGGCAUGUGAAUUUUUCCCACCUCAAAAAAUAAUACUGACGGGCAUGAACGUGUCAAAGAAUUUGAAAAUAGUUCCUUUUGCGUUUUCCCAACACGUUAAAGGUCAUUUACUUUUUAAUGAACAAUGACUUCACAAUCACUUUGUCCUGUUAUCCAUUAGCUACUAGUCUGAUUCUUUAUUUUUCUACAAACAUACUGGAUAUUGACAGAUGAAUUACAUUCUCUAAGCUGGUAUUGCAUAGAGUGUAAUGACCAAAACUGAAAUGCAUCUUAAGGUCUCUUUACCAGUAGGUGCACCUCAGUGUACAAGUCAUUAAUCCAAACGUCUGGGUGUCAAGAAAAACAUUCACAAUCACUGUCCUUCUUAAGGCUCCAACAGAAAGUCAAGAUGCUCGCCCACUGUACCCUCCUGCCUCAUGAGCAGAUGCUCCAUUAUCAGUGUGCAAUACAUGCUAAAGUGAAAGUAGGGAAAUACAAACCAUGAUAUUAAUGUAUACUGUUGUUUAAAAAACUGUUAAUGGCUAAAAUCUUAAAUGAAGACUUAUUACCUUUUUAAAAAUGUGUUAAUUUUAUUUUAUUAGAAGUUCUGUAGGUUUUAAUAGCACUGUUGGUGAACAGGAACACUGGCUAAAAGAAAGAAAAAGGGGCAUCACUAUCAAUGCCAUUCUGUCAUGUUUCUUGUUUCACUGUUUGAUGUCUUUGCCACAAUUAUUAAUUCCCUUUGUGGGACAUAAAAGUUUGAAUGCAAGA